UUUCUCUUUCUCUCUCUCUCUCUUUCUUCGUUUGUUCCUCUGGCGGGAUCGCGCGGCUCGUGAACGAUGGACAUGACAGUGCGAUAAGUUUUGACGACGACUCGAUCCCCGAAGAGCAGCGCGCGAAUUUCUCCCGACGUCAUGACGCGUCUACGGGGCCGUGCCUCGCUGAUGGUGUUCGCGACCCUCAGCUUCAUCCUGCUGGUCGUCAUAUAUCACAUACUGAGUAACGAGAUCGACGAGAUAUCAACGGGCAAGAUCGGCGCACGUCUGAGAUCCGAGGAUGUGUACCCACCAGACGGCACUCCGCUGUUCAAGGGCCAUAAGAUCGUCCACCUAGAUUUGAAAGGCGCCCCGCCGAAGAUGAGCUAUUAUAACUACCUGUUCCCUCUGCUGCGAAAGCUGGGAGCCACCGGCGUGCUUGUGGAAUACGAAGACAUGUUCCCCUUUGCCGACAGCAUCGAGGACAUACACGCCGGCAACUCUUAUUCCAGGAGGGACAUCACGCAGAUUCAAAAUAUAGCCAGGAAUAAUCAGUUGGUUAUCAUACCGUUGAUACAAACCUUCGGCCAUAUGGAAUUCGUCCUCAAGUUGGACAAGUAUAAAGACUUCAGGGAAGUUCCGCGUUAUCCCCAAGUCUUGUGCCCUACGUACAAUAAGACACUACCAUUGAUCUACGAGAUGAUAAACCAAAUUGUGUCCGCGCAUCCAGCGUCCAAGUAUUUGCAUAUCGGCGCAGAUGAGGUUUAUCAGAUAGGGGAAUGCUCGAGAUGUUUAGAUAUCAUGGCCAAGAGGCAGUGGAGCAAGCGACAGUUGUUCCUAGAUCACGUCUCUUCGGUAGUCAAGUAUAUCAAAGAGACAUACCCGGAACUGACUGUACUCAUGUGGGACGACGAAUUCCGUGAUAUAUCGCCACAAGAGAUUAUCGACAGAGAUCUGCACCGGACGGUGGAGCCGGUCAUCUGGAAGUACACCACUGAUCCCGGUAUGACGCUGACAGAUCAACUGUGGGAGAGCUACGCCACGGUGUGGAAGGAAGUCUGGAUCGCGACGGCAUUCAAAGGGGCCACUUCGCCGGACAGAUAUUACACAGACAUUUCAUAUCACAUGGAGAACCAUCAACGUUGGUUAGAAAUCAUUCAGAGAUACUCAAGCCAAAUCACAUUCAAGGGCGUGAUGCUGACCGGAUGGCAGAGAUACGAUCACUUCAGUGUCCUCUGCGAGUUGCUGCCGGUAGGACUGCCGUCUCUCGCCAUUAAUUUAGCUAUACUACAAGCCUCGGAUGUAAACGGCUUCCCGGUAGAGGUGCCCGAUCGUAUAUCCGAAGCUUUACAAUGCGACGGUGUCAUCUCGUUGAGCAUACCGGAGCCGCAGUACGGCUGGACCAAAUGCAGCUUCCACGGAGUGUCGGUGUACGCGGCUGUUUUACGUCUUUACUCUUUGGCGCAAGAGAUAGCGAAAAUGGAACAGGACAAUACUUAUAAGGGAUGGUUAAAACCAUAUAACAUUAAGUAUUCUUUUGCUAGUCCUAGUUACGUCGAGCGUGCGGUCGCUGAUUUGGACAGACAUAAAAUGGAAAUAAUAUAUAUCGAGAAAGAGAUGCGUACAGCGAUGGAGGAUAUUUAUGACAAUUAUACGAUACAAGAGUGGCUUGACACGUAUACCGCACCUUUAAAUGAAAAGCUCAAUCAGUUAUGGGAAAUUAAGGAGAAACUUUUAGAGAAAAAUACAUGGCCAAAGAGACCUCUCACAAAAUCAGACUUAUAGUAUAAAACGACAAUUUCAAUUGGAAUAAAUGAAUGAAGGUAUUCGUGUUCUUUGUAGUAUAAUAAGAGACUGAAAAUUUUGCUAAAAUAAUACGAGAAAAGAGUGCGAGAGAUUUUUUAGCAAUUAUUCUCUAAACCUGGCGUGGAUAAUCAGUGAAAUGUAAAAGUUUUGAAUUCGUAAUUUUACAUCUUGCAAUUGUUGUACAGAAUAUGUGAUAUAAUAUGUAAUUUGAUAAGAGAAUAAUCAAAUCAUAAUUGCACCGUCCGUAUAAAUUAUAUUAGUAAAUCUCGUUUAUGUCGGUGGAAAUAACAAUACAUUAUUUAUAUA